GUCUAUAUCUUAUUCUUCCCCUUCGAUUCUUUGUUUCCUAAGCCGACGCUGGAGAUCUCCUGUAGAUGUACCAAAUUGCCAAAUUCUAUCAUCACCCAUGUAACUAACCUCCUAUCCUUUUAUUUGGCCCCAAGCCCGUGAAUUGAUGAUCUAUUUCACAGCCCCCAUUCACGAACUCGCAGUGUAUCAUUUUCGUCUUUGCUCUCCAGAUCUCUGAUGACACCGCAUGUAUUCCUUUCUCCCACGAAGAAGCGGGUCAUCGUCUUCGAGCCAAAGCUGUUGAUUUGGCUAUAACUUGUUUCAUUUUACUUUGUUUAUAGAGAGAAAAAUCUCUCAAAUAAGUGAUAUAUGAAAUAAAAUUUGCGAACUUUGAUUUUUUGAUGCUUUGAUUUUUUUAGUUUGAGCUACAAUUUCUGGGUUUUGGAAGUUUGUAGUUGCUGUAAAAUAAUUGUGAAGCAAAAAUAUCAUUUCUAUUUUCACUCUUGUUAUAUGAAAUUUGAAAUGAAACAACAAUUUUCUCAUUCUAGUAUUAUAUAUUGUGUAGAGUGUAUAUAAAGGCAUGUUCUUUCUCUACAAAUUCAUUAGCACAUUAAAAAAAGGUGAAAUGAACCAAAUUAUUAAACUCCUAAUGAUUGUUGGAUCUAAUAAUUUCAAAAUAGGAACAGGUUUAAAAUUUGACGGUUAUCCGAACUAAAAUGUUCAAAGAACCAAUCCCAUAUAGUUUACACAAAGAUAUGAAUACGAUUGUGUCAUAGUAGGUCUAAAAAGUUAAUAUUAAUUUUAAAAUUAUACAUCACUUUUACAUAUUCAAUUCUUCAAUUCGAUAUGGAAUAUUCUAACCAGUGAUAUUUGGGACGCGAUUUUAAAGUUAUCCUAUAUUUAUAAGAUAUAUAGGAAUUUAAUUAAAUAUUAAACAAUAAUUAAAAUAAGGAAUUGGGCCUCUGUUAGUCACACAAAGUUUUAACUCAAAUGCAUGUUUCUCUAAUAAUUGUUGCUUCUUAUUUGUAUGAGAUGAGGUCGACUGACUCUAUGACUUUCCAGCUGGAGAAAAAAUAAAUUUACUAUUGCGGGAAUAUGUUGGCUUUUGAGAUGGUUGGGUUUUGUAUUGCAGACUCUCGAAUCUAAAGCAACAAGAAGAGACGAUGGGAUAGACGAACCUGGUCUGUGAUGCUUCAUAUUUUGGGGUUCUGUGAUAAGUAAAAGGAUGAUAUGACAACAUAGCUACAUAUGCAAAUUGUUGAAAACAACAUCAUUUUGAAGUGGCCCGGUGCUCGAAUCAGUUGGAUAAAUCGGUCUGAUUUCCUGCUGAAAUAGAAAAACUCGACUUUGAUUGAGCUCGAGUAGGUAGACAACCAACUGGGCCUUCGGCACCCGCUAAGAUACUCAUGUUUAAGUAGAAUUAGUUUGACCGGCAGAGUCAUACUCUAAUUGACAAUCACGGUUAUGACUCUUGUAUGCGUUUGAAGAUACAUUAGCUCAAAUCCCUAUCCUUCUCUAUUUUCUAUACAAAAUAAAGAUAAAUAAUGGCGAAGAUAAAAAUGUCAUUCAUACUUUUGCUCUCGUUGUAGGAAAUUUGAAAUGGGACGACAAUUUUAUCAUGCCAGUCGUAUAUAUUGUGUAGAGUGUAUAUGUAGACAUGUCCUUGCUCUGCAAAUUCAUUUUAAUACAUAAAAGGGUUAAUACCUUAGUUUGGCCUGAACUAUACACAUACUUUCUACUUUGGCCCGUGGUAUUGAAAAUUGCUAUUCUGACCUGAACUAUGUAGCAAACUUCCUCAUUUGGCCUGGAGGCAGGUUUGAUUGUCAAAUUAGACGGUCAAACCCACCUCCAGGCCAAAUGAGGAAGUUUGCUACAUAGUUCAGGCCAGAAUAGCAUUUUCCAAUACCACGAGCCAAAGUAGAAAGUAUGUGUAUAGUUCGGGCCAAACUAAGGUAUUAACCCUACAUCAAAAGAGGAAAUAAACCAACCUAUUAAACUCAACAUCGUCUAAUGAUUGUUGGAUCCAAUCAUGCCUGUCAGAUUAGGAAGAUGUUUAAAACUAACGGUUAGUCAAGCUAAAAUGUCCAAAGAACCCUUCCUCAUAUAGUUUGCAGAAAGAUAUGAAUAUGAUUGUCUCAUAGUAGUUCUAUAAAGUAAUAGUAAUGUAAGAGUUCAACAUCGCUUCUACAAAUUCGAUAUGUAAUAUUGAACCAAUGAUAAAUAACACUUUAGUGACCUUAGAAAUUUAUAAGAUAGAUAGAAAAUUAAAAGAUAAAUAGAAAUAUAAAUUACAUAUCAUGUGAAAAUCGAAGUAUCAAAACACCAAUAAGUACCGAGCGAAGAUUUAGUGACCUUAGCAAACUAGUGAAAAGUUUUGUAAUUUUUUAAUGUUAUCCAUGUAUGUUUUUUUAAUGGUACAACUAGUAUAUGUAGUUUGAUUGGUUAAGAUUCUUGUGAUUGUUGAACAUGACCAUGGUUUGAAUCCUAGUAUGUGUUUCUUUUUUUAAGGAAUAAAUGAGAAACAAAUAGAUCAUUGUGAAUACAAAAAUAUCCUUCUUAUUUUCACUUUAGUUGCAGAAAAAUUUGAAUAGGAUUGAAGUUACAAUAUCUAGCUAUAUAUAUUGGUAUAUGAAUAAUGAGUGACGAGAUGACAACAUCUAUUUUGAUUUCCUCCACUUUUAGUCAGGGGCGGAGCCAAGAAUCGAUGAUGGGGGGGGGGGAAUAUUUUUGUAUGUUAUCUCAAAAUGACUUAAAAAAAUUAAAAAUUAAUUUUAUAUUAUUAUAACAUCACAAAUUAUUCAUUGAAACGAUUAACAUCACUUUGUAAACUAACUUUUUAAGCAUUGAGUUCAAUAUAAAUUAAAAAUAGUAAUUAACAAUACAUUUCGAUAUUGUAUUGCACAUAUGUUGAGAUAGGUCUUACACGAGUAUUUAAAAGAAAUUGUUGUUGUAUAUACAUAUGCUUAAAGCUGCUAAAAGUAUUGCUUCCCUGGGAGUAUUUAAAAGAAUCGGUAGGGAAUAGCUGGCAAAAAAUACUUGCUUUGCAUGAGAAUUGAAUCCCUGGGAGUAUUUAAAAGAAUCGGUAGGGAAUAGCUGGCAAAAAAUACUUGCUUUGCAUGAGAAUCGAACCAAGGACCUAGUAAGAGCAAAACAGCCCGCCUUCCUCUACGCUAAGAGUUUGUUUUGUCAAAUGAAUGCAUAUUAUAACAUUUUAAUCAUUUCAUUUUAUUUAUACGUAAAUUGGCUGAGUAUUUUAUACGUAACUUUCAAGAUUCUCAGAACGUUCCUUCGGGGAUAAGUAAACCCUAGAGAUUUCUUCGGAGCGGCGAUUUCCCUACGAACCCUAGAAGUACGUCGCCGAUGACAGGCCCUGGGUCGGGGACUCACCCCCCCUCCCCCCUGAGCGUCGGAUCCCCUCUCUAAUGCUCGUCGACCCCCUCUCACGUCGUCCUCACCUGAGGGCAAGGGCGAUAGAGAAACUGUGCAAGAUAAAAAGAGAGCCAGGCCAAUGUGCGCCAACCCGUUAUUUGAAAACAAGAGAUGUUAAUCAGAAUAUGGAGCCGGCAACAGCUACUAUGGCGGAGGAGGAGACGGCAGCGGAGAUUAUUGAAGAGCCCGCCCAGUCUGCAUGGAGUAAUGGGUCAAAGAAACUUUUUGAUGAUUUACGUAUGCAUGAGGAGUAUUACAUCGCGGAAUCGGAUUCAGAAGAUGUAGCCAAUGCCAUGAAGGAGGAUGAUCAAGACGACGAAGUGCCAGACGAUGCUGAUCCCACUUGUCCCACCAUUCCGUUCCGUUCAAUGGAGAAGCAAAGGUGGAGGCGUCAACGGAGGUCGGCCCUGAUUGUGAAAGUGCUUGGCCGUACCUUCCUGUUCCCAGUUAUUUCGAGACGAUUAGAGAGCCUAUGGGCUAAAUGUGGUACCUUGCAAAUAUCCAGCCUCUCAUGGGGUUUCUAUGUUGUGCGGUUCACCUCCCAGUUUGAUUAUGAACAGGCAGCGGCUGGCAGCCCUUUGAUGGUUGGCGAUCACUAUUUGACAGUGAGGAGGUGGGUGAAGAACUUUGAUCCUAAGUUCGCGAAAGUGGCUACUACAAUGGUGUGGGCGCGCCUCCCUGAUCUUCCUAUUGAGUUCAUUAAUAAGGAGGUUGUGGAAAAGAUAGCUGAACGUAUUGGACGACCGGUGAAAGUGGAUCGUAUUACUCAGACUAGUGCUAGGGGCAGAUUUGCGAGGGUGUGUGUUGAAGUUGAUUUAACAAAACCUCUCCCGUCCAAGUACAAAAUUGAAAGAAAGAAAUACUAUAUAGAGUUUGAGGGACUACACUUGAUUUGUAGUGAAUGUGGUCACUAUGGCCAUGUAAAGAAGAAUUGCCCGAAACUGAACGUGGUUCAGCCGUUGGAAAGACAGGAUGAGGGGAUCUCGGAGGGAAGGGGAGAAAUGGAGGAGGCUGUGUACAGGAAAUGGAUGGUGGCUCGACCAAAGAAUAAGAAGGGUAAUGGAGGUCAGCGUCAACCAAUGGUAACACCUAAUACAGGCCCGAGAAUGAUUGAUGGAAGAGAGAAGGAGGGUGUGGAUCAUCCGCAUGAUCGAUCUAGAUUUCAAAACUUGGAAAAUUUGGAAGAGGAGUCGACUGAGGAGGUGGACAAGGAGAUCAUUAUGAAAGAGCCGGAAGGCAACAUAAUGGAGGCCGAGGAUCCUAGGGAGCCAUUACCCGAGGUGAAAGUUGUGCAUACUGAGGAAGGUGAGGGUAGUGCUGCGAGAGCGAGGAUGACAAAGCGAGAGGAAGUAAUUCAUGAGCUAGGGAACCCUCAGGGGAGUAAUGAAAAACAAAUGAAUGAGAAAAAGACCGCUAGAGGACUGCGGGGUGAUCCGACAUUGGAGAACAAUGGGAAAGAGUGUGAAUUUAGCGAGGAGGUUCCCAAAGGGGGAGAACAACACCCAGUCCAGUUCAGGAAUACAAACAUGAUGUCAGUUGGUGAUAUAAGCAGCAAUGCCGGGGGGUAGCAAGGUAAGAGCAAGAAGCCACCGACGAAACCUCAGGGUGUGCAAUCGAGUAAAAAAGCUCAAAUAAAAGGUGCGGGGAACCAAUCCCCUUUGGAUCAUAGAUGAGAAUCCUCAGCUAUAACUGUCGCGGGUUGGGGAGCAAGCGGGAAGUUAAAGCAUUAAAGUCGGUGUUGCGACAUGUCUCCCCGCAAAUCGUCUUCUUAAUGGAGACGAAGCAGACUUGUAAUGAGAAUGAAUUGUUGCAGAAGGAACUUGAUUUUGCCGGGGGACGAAGUUUCCCUACUGAUGUGUCUCGUAAUGGAAGGGCCGGGGGACUAUGUUUGUGGUGGAAGGAGGAAGUGAAGUUAGUCCCGCUAUGGUGACAAUUAUAUUGAUGUGAGAGUGGAGGAGGAAGGAAGGGAUCCAUGGAGGUUUACAGGUAUUUAUGGCUGGUCGGAGAGCUCGACUAAACACAAGACUUGGGAACUCAUUUGAUAUCUGGGUAACCAACCGAAAGUGCCCUGGCUGUGUGGGGGUGAUUUUAACCAAAUCCUAUCAGAGAGUGAGAAGAGUGGUGGCCGGUUGGAUCAGGGGAAUAAUAUGAUUAAAUUUGCGGAAAGCCUUAUUGAUGUGGAUCUUCAUGACCUCGGCUUUAGAGGCUACAAGUUCACGUGGGAGAAUCGACGAGGUGAGGGGGCCCACAUCGAAGAAAGGUUGGAUAGGUUUGUGGGGUCGGAGAGAUGGAAAUGUGAACUUUCGAGUGACACAUCUCGACCGAUCGAGAUCAGAUCAUCGCCCCAUCAUCUGUGACACGCGCGGAGAGGAAGACGAGGAACCUAGUUGGGGGUGGUCUUUCCGGUUUGAACCACUAUGGGCAAACCAUGAGGGUUGUGCGGAUGUGGUGAAAUGAGCUUGGCAGCCGCAGGUCUCGAUGGAUAUCCGUGGAAAGAUUGAAGCUUGUCGGACUGAAUUGGAAGAGUGGAGUAGGAGAACCUUCCCCGGUUUCUCUGAACAGAAAAGAAGGAUCCGAAGGGCGAUCCGUGCAGUGGAGAGGCGGCCAAAAACAGAAGGGGUGCUUGGCCAAAUUCGGCAGUUAGAGAGUGAGAUGGCAGAGGUUGAGGACAAUGAGGAGUUGUACUGGAAAUAAAGAUCACGGGCAAAU